CUUGUGAGUGGACCCGCUUUAGAGCACCAUGAAGGGCUCAGCGCCGAGCCAGAAAGAACGGCUUCUUCGGCGAAAGCUUGUCGAGCAGCCUCGCGUUUGUUCCUCUCUUUGUUUUCACUUCGUUCCUCCAUUUCCGUCCGAGCCUCAUCCACCAUGGCCUCCUUCAAGCCCAACCUCUCCCCCCUCAAGCCCUCUUUCGACGCCGGCGGCAACAGCAAAGGAGGCCAUCACUUUGACCUGUCGGUCCCCACUCAUGACGGGCCGACUGUCGGAGUGGGCGUGGCCACCAAACCCACGCAGUUCAACGCCUCCGUGGCUGGCAACAUCGCCCCCAAUGGUACGCACGGGGAUAGAAAAGGCGCCACGCACUGCCUCGCACGUUGACGCGCAUCAAUAUAUCUGUGUGCGUGUGUCUCAGUGACCGGCAGCGCAGCACUCUCCACGAACCGUCACCUCCACCCCACCGGCGCGGAGUUCAGCAUCGCUGCCAACAACAACAACCAUGGAGGUACGCACACGGGACAGUGAAGAGGGAAUACAGACAUCUUUGUGCGGGGCGUGUAUGUCUGUGUGUGGGAUGCGUCUCAGUGACCGGCAGUGCCGGCGUCCUCACCAACGGCCACUUCAAGCCUACCGGCGCCCAGUUCAGCGUCGGCAAGACCAUCGGCGACGCGACUGUGUCCCUGACCACGACCACCAACCGCCACUUCAAGCCCAAUAGCGUGGGCCUCCGCGGCGAGCUGCGCUUCUAGGAAGGUACAUGCACACCACAACGCGUCACACGAAUGUUCGUUGAACCUCUGCACAAUGCCUUUGUCUCUCUCUCUCUCUCUCUCCCCCCCUCUCUCUCUCUCUCUCUGUGGGUGUGUGUGUGUCUCUGUGUGUCUCCGUGUGGCUGUCUGUGUGUGUGUAGUGCAGGUUGAGUGUCUGUCUGCGUCGACUAACCAGACCACGAGGCGAGACAAGAAGGCACCCCACUUCACACGACACCGCACCACACCACAGCCCACCACACCGCAGGGAGGCGGCAAUGACGGCUGUCUUUUUGUCUCAUUUCUAGCAGCUGUGGGCAGUCAGGGCAGCUGAUGCAUGUGUAAAUCGUGUGCCUUGUGGAUGGAUGGAUGAAUGGUUGAUUGAUGUGCAUGUCUGACUGGCUGGCUGUCUGUCUGACUGACUGUCUGACUGACUGACUGGCCGGCUGGCUGGCUGUCUGUCUGACUGACUGUCUGACUGACUGACUGGCCGGCUGGCUGGCUGGCUGUCUGUCUGACUGACUGUCUGACUGACUGGCCGGCUGGCUGGCUGGCUGGCUGGCUGGCUGGGGGAGGGGAUCUCCUGUGCGGCCGAGAGGCUGACAAGAGCCGACGGACCCGCACUCUCUUUUUGUAGUGAUCCCUUUCUCUCUGACGCAGUCUGUUGGCCGUGUGCGUGUUGACUCUGGGCCACCUUGGUGGCUGGGUGGGUGGCUGGGUGAGUGUUUGUGCUCUGUGUGUGGAUCGUGAGACUUUGUUUGUCUGGCAGUCGGGUGGGGCGGGAUGACUCCAUGUGUGUGUGUGUGCGCGUCGCUAGCCGAUGCCUUCGUGGAUGGAUUGCCUGUGAGAGAGCCACACAGCCAGAGAGGGACGGGGGGGUGGGCGAAUGGGAGAGUGUUUCAAGGGUCACGGGCGCAUGGAUUGCGUGUCGACUGACUGACGGAGUGAGUUCGGUGCCUGUCUGCCUGUCUUUUUGUCUGUCUGUCUGUCUACCCGGCUGCAACGCAGUGUCGGUGUAGGCCGGGGUGAGGGCAUAGCAGUGGGCUGGGGGUCUCUUUUCACACACACAGACACACACACACACGUCAGCACUGAGUGGGUGACAUGGAGAGAUCAGCAGCACCGAGUGGGGUGGGGUGGGUUGGGCGAGGGGUGAGAAACAGCUUGUUGUGUGUUUCAUUCUAAGUCUUUUUGCUGCCCAACGUGUCUUGGUGGGCGGGUGAGAGGUCGAGUGGUCGUGCGGGUGUGGGCUGAGGCAGUGGGGGGCAUGGUGUGUUUCGUACACACACACGAUCGAGGCGAACAGAGAGUUACAGAGACAGAGAGCGACAGGCAGGUUGAGAGAGAGAAAGGGGGGGGGAGCGGGGAGAGUCUUUUUGUCUGGCUGCCUGUCUUUUUGUCUGUCUGUGUGUCUGCCCGGCUGCAACGCAGUGUCGGUGCAGGGGAGAGUGAGGGCAUAGCAGUGGGCUGGGAUCUCUUUGCACACACACACACACACACACACACACGUCAGCACUGAGUGGGUGGGUGACACGGGGAGAUCAGCAGCACCGAGUGGCUGGGGCGGGGCGGGGCGGUGGGCUCACACAGGUUGUUUGAUCAAUGGAUUGUUUUGUUUGCACAUGGUCUUGUGUUGGCCACCUGUUUUCGGCUUGUCAUGCCACAAAGACACACACAGACAGUCCACCGAUGAGUGAAAGCGCACAGUCAUG